GGGAGGGCGCCGCCGCGGCCGCUGCUGCUGCUGCUUUGUGAGCACGUUGGGGCAGAUUUUCUAUUUUGUACAUACAUUGAUUUGUAUAUACUGUAUAUGAUGACUUCGGUGGGCAGUGAACGUACCCGGGGCACUCGAGACAAAGCGCAGAUUUCAACCACGCAGCUGACACAACCACAGAAACAAGUAGUACAGGCAACAGCGGAACAAAUUCGUCUUGCCCAGAUGAUCUACGAUAAGAACGAUGCAGACUUUGAGGAUAAAGUAAAGCAGCUUAUGGAAGUGACUGGGAAGAACCAGGACGACAGCAUAGUGGCUCUACACGACUGUAACGGGGAUGUGAACAGAGCGAUUAACAUCUUGCUGGAAGGAAGUUCUGACACAACUUCGUGGGAGACGGUGGGAGGAAAGAAGAAAAGUCUUGGAAAAGAGAGUUCAGAAAACAAAGAGAACAGAGAAAAGCGAGGGGACAGAGAAGUGAGCCGUGGACGGGGAAGUUCCAGCAGACGAGGAAGAGGGGGCAGCCGUGGUCGAGAGUUUAGAGCAGAGGAGAAUGGCAUGGACAACAGCCAAGGGGAUAAGCCUUCUGAUCGUGGGAAACAUAGUAGAGGUAGAGGAUUUGGACGUGGCAGAGGCAGAGGAGCAGGCAGGUUUUCAGCCCAGGCCAUGGGGACGUUUAACCCUGCAGAUUAUACGGAAUCUCCUGCCACAGAAGGCUUUGGAACAAAACAAGAGUCUUGGGAGGCUGGGCAGAAUGACGCUGAUGAUGGCACAGGAGCAUGGAAGAACUCAAUAGAAGAAUGGACAGCUGAAGACUGGAAUGAAGAUCUUUCAGAAACGAAGGUCUUCACUGCUUCAUCUGUUCCAGCUGAGAACCACGUGACUCCUGGCCAAAGCAUAGAUUUGGUGACGCUGCUUCAGAAACCCGGGACUUCUAGCCAAGAGACAGAGGCCAACUCCUUUGAGCCUGCGCAGCAGCAAAGCUUUGGGCAGGCUUUAGUGUUUACGAAUUCCCAGCACAACUCCCCGAUGGCCUUAGCAGCUGGCAACACUGGUGCUGUUAACUCCUUUUCUCCACAGAGCCUGUCUUCAGUCCUCUGUUCUGGAUUUGGAGAGUUUGGCCCUUCAAAACCGGCCAACUCUGCUGGGUCUCAGUUUUUAGACCAGCUGAAACCCCCAUCUUUGGGUCAGUUCACUUCACAGGGUUCUCCCAGCACAAUCGCCUCUGUUUCCUCCACCGCCACCACAUCAUCUUGGGAUGUAAAGCCUUCUGUUUCACAGCCUUCUGUCCUCAGCCAGUUUGAUUUCAAAUCCCAGCCCGAGCCAUCUCCGGUUCUGAGCCAGCUAACACAGAGGCAGCAGCAGACGCAGGCAGUCCCCACCCCUCCUCCGGGGCUGGAAUCCUUUGUCCCGCAGGUGAAAGCCCGAGAGCCCUCGCCGGUGGACAGCCCUGUGGUGGUCAGCAAAUUGAUGCACCUUCCUAAUCUAUCUACGGAAAGCCAGAUGUUGCCUGCCCAUCAGACGCCGCACAAGCAGACCAAGCCACCAAAACGGAAGAUCCCACCAGCUUCCAAGAUCCCGUCCUCUGCCGUGGAGAUGCCUGGAUCCACUGAUGUGUCUGGGUUAAACGUGCAGUUUGGGGCUCUUGAGUUUGGGUUGGAGACUUCCCUCUCAGAAUUUGGAUCUGCUUCAAGCUAUGAAAACACCAGCCAGGCACCCAACAGCAUACUCUACCAGAAGCCUGUAAAUGAUCCUUUGAAUACCUCUUUGCCAAUGUCCAAUACAGUGCAGGAGCCCACCUAUAGCACCCCUGCUGUCACUUCUGCCAGCCUGAGCUGCUCUGCCCAGAGCACUAGUCCCGUAACAACCACCUCGGCCUAUGACCAGGCUUCUGUGCAUAGCAGAAUAACCUACCAAAGCCCUAUGCCUCUGUCGGAACCAGCCCCAGCUGCUGUCACAAACGGACAUGGCAGUGUUCGAACACAGCCAACCCUUGACAGUAAUUCAUCAGUUCCAGCAUCAAAACCAGAAACCUCUCUACCCUCGCUACCCACCAAAGGGUCCUCUUUGCCUAGCACCACAGCGACCACUGCUUCACUGCUGCCCUCGGGGCCACCGCACACAGCAGCCCUCCCCAGUUUGCCGCAGUCCAGUGAAUUGGCCAGCAGUUCGCUCUCCCAGUUAAGCAGUUCCCUCUCCAAUCAUCAGAGCAGCCUCUCUUCUUCCUCUGCCCUCUCAUCGGCCACAUUGCACACGCACACUAGUGUUGAGAACUCCACUGCACUCCAGUCAUCUGCAGCCUUUUCAGUUGCUUCAACCUCGGCUGUUUGCACCACUCCUUCGGUCUCCAGCAUGGCCAACGCUACCAACAGCCUGGGCCUGAACGUGACCAGUGUGUCUCUGCCGGCCCCCACCACGCGGGCUGCUCCCUUAGUGUCUUCAGGCAAAGCACCCCCCAACCUGCCCCAAGGUGUGCCACCAUUAUUACAUAACCAGUAUAUUGUGGGACCUGGAGGACUUCUGCCUGCCUACCCACAGAUCUACGGUUAUGACGAUCUCCAAGUGUUGCAGUCCAGGCUGCCUGUGGAUUAUUAUGGAAUUACAUUCCCUGCUCCUGCAACCUUGACGGGAAGAGAAGGGGGGCUCACUAACAACCCAUACUCAGGUGAUGUAACAAAAUUUGGCCGUGGGGAUUCUGCCUCACCUGUACCCGCUACCACUCUGGCCCCUGCACAGCAGAACCAGGCGCAGACUCACCACACGGCUCAGCAGCCCUUCCUCAACCCCGCGCUGCCCCCUGGGUACAGCUACACAGGGCUCCCCUAUUAUGCCAGUGUGCCGGGAGUCCCCAGCGCAUUCCAGUAUGGGCCCACCAUGUUUGUCCCUCCUGCGUCAGCCAAGCAGCACAGUGUCAGCUUGAACGCCGCCUCCACACCCUUCCAGCAGGCAAGCGGCUACAGUCAGCACGGCUACGGGGCAGGUUACGAUGACCUCGCGCAGGGAACGGCUGCUGGGGACUACAGCAAAGGAGGCUAUGCUGGGUCAUCGCAAGCACAAAGCAAAUCCUCCGGCACGGGGCCCGGAAAAGGUGUUUCUGUGACCUCAAGUAACACAGGCGUGCCUGAUAUUAGUGGCUCAGUCUAUAACAAGACUCAGACAUUUGACAAGCAGGGAUUCCACGCUGGCACUCCGCCCCCCUUCAGCCUGCCCUCAGCCCUGAGCUCCGCAGGACCCCUGAACCCCGGUGCUGCUGCCGGCUACGCUCCGCCCCCGUUCCUCCACAUCCUGCCUGCCCACCAGCAGCCUCAUUCCCAGAUUCUGCACCAUCACCUUCAGCAGGAUGGGCAGGUUGGAUCCAGCCAGCGCAACCAGCCGAGUACCCUGCAGCAGAAGUCCCAGGCCACCAAAGCCGCCUACGGAGCAUCCCCUUACUGGACAAACUAACCCGGGACAGGGAAGAAUGGAGGGGGAAGAGAAGACAGCGAGUACCAGCUGACACACACAUCCCUGGACUCCCCCACCUAAGACAGAAUAC